AUGCUUGAAACCCAAAUAUCACAAAUAGAACAACAACAAGCCUCCCAUGCCACACCCGGAGGGCAAUUUCCUGGACAACCUCAACCAAACCCCCGAGGGCAAGCUAACGCUGUUACCCUACAAAGUGGGACCACCUAUGACGAACCUGUAAAACCAGUCAUGAGUGAACAAAAGGCUUCUAAGAAAAAUGUUGUGUCUAUAAAUGAAGUAGAGGAAGUAGAGAGACAAAAAGACCAGAAAGUGAAGGAUAAGGGAGAAGAUAAAGAUAAAUUUAUAAAAGUGAUCGAGAAACUCCACGUAGAAAUCCCUUUCACCGAAGCCAUCACCCAGAUACCAUCUUAUGCUAAAUUCCUUAAGGACAUCUUGACCAACAAACGUAGGCUAGAUGAUCCCAAACCUUUAGAAUGCAACUCCAUUGCUGAGAACAAACUUGCUAAGAAGGAGAAAGAUCCCGGGAGCUUUUCUAUACCUUGUAUUUUAGGGAAUCAUGUUAUAGACAAAGCGUUCCUAGACUUGGGAGCAAGCGUAAGCCUGAUGCCUUUAGCAGUUUGUAGAAGGCUAAACCUAGGAGAAUUACAACCGACUAAGAUGUCUCUUCAAUUAGCUGAUAGAUCUGUAAAAUAUCCAGUAGGCAUAUUAGAAGACAUUCUAGUUAGAAUUGGACAACUUUAUAUCCCAAUAGAUUUCGUGGUAAUGGACAUUAAAGAAGAUGACAAAAUCCCAAUCCUCCUUGGUAGACCUUUCUUAUCAACUGCGGGAGCCAUAAUAGAUGUUAAAAGAGGAAAACUAACUUUCAAAGUGGGUGAUGAAAAGAUAGAAUUUAUACUUUCCAAAUUCCUAAUGGCACCAGUCAUAGAAGACUCUUUUUAUGCCAUUGAUAUCAUUGAUGAAUGCAUAAGGGAGCUAGAUCAAGAAAGACCUCCUGAGACAAUGAAAUAUUCCUCGACUUUCAUAAGAGAAGACGACGGAUUUAGACUGGAGCCUCACAUGGAUGAUAACCUUUAUGAAUGCUUAACACUUACCCCGAACCAUAUGCCAUGA